CGAUGUUCUUGUUGUGUCAACGGUAGAAAGGAUUUGAUAUAAAUUUGGAAACAUUUCUCAAGGGAUCAUCAGUCAUUUUCUAACCAGAUCGGUGGAAACACUACUAAUCAAAGGGUUCUUCAAAAAAACACUUUGACAAAACUUCAAAAUGUUGAAGCUCGUUUGCCUGUUUGCCGUUCUGGCGGUUGCCAUGGCUGAUGUGAGGCCAGUGCCAGUCAAACCUGACACUCCGGUCAAGAGCGAAAUUCAAGCACCAGAUACCGCUACAGAUCUGGAUAAGGCAGAAACGUACGGUUUCGGUUACCACAAGCAUAUCUACGCUGUUCCCCAGUUCUACGGCGGAAGAUACGGAGGUUAUGGAGGAUAUGGAGGUUACGGAGGCUACGGAGGAUACGGAUAUGGUGGAUAUGGUGGAUAUCACGGAGGAUAUCUUGGAGGAUACCAUGGCGGCUACUACCCAUACUACGGUAACAGUUACUACUACUAAUGUGUGAAUCAAUGAAUAAAUGAGAAUUAUUUUUGGAAAUUA